AUGGUAUUUAAAGCGAUAUUCUAUUAUUGCUUCAUUAUAAACGAAAUAAAAGAUGGAAAAAAUGAUUUAAAAGAAGAGUUUAUUUUUUUAGAUACGAGAAUUCGUCAACAGAAGUUACCUGCAUGGCAACCAAUAUUAACAGCUACAACUGUGAUACCAACGGUUUUUGCAAUUGGCAUUAUAUUCUUGCCAAUUGGUGUAGCUUUAUUCCUUGGUGAUGUUUAUUUUUAUUAUGGUUUGAAUAAUUAUUAUCAAAAUCAUCGUCGUUAUAUGAAAAGUAGGAGCGAUUCUCAGUUGCUUGGAGAUCUCAAUAGUGUUGGUGAUUGUGAACCAUAUGCCAGGAUGAAUACAUCUAUGGGGGAAAAAGUAAUCGCACCAUGUGGUGCAAUUGCUAACUCAAUGUUUAACGAUACUUUCGAACUAUAUGUGGGAAAUUCACUCGUACCUUGGACUUAUGUUGGUGUUGUAUGGCCAGUUGAUAAGGAGCGAAAAUUUAAAAAUCCACCCGGCAUAUCACUUAAAGAAGCAUUCCGUAAUACUGUUAAACCACCUAACUGGAAGAAAGAAGUUUGGCAGUUGGAUCCUCAUAAUCCUGAUAAUAAUGGAUUCUUAAAUACGGAUUUUAUUAUAUGGAUGCGUACAGCAGCUUUACCUAAUUUUCGAAAACUUUACAGAAUAUUAGUUCGGAAAGGAGUUUUCAUGGAUGGUUUACCAAAAGGCAAUUAUACUCUUCAUAUAGCAAACAAUUAUCCUGUGGAAGUUUUUGGUGGUCGAAAAUCUUUUAUAAUAAGUACAACAUCCUGGGCUGGUGGCAAAAAUCCAUUCUUAGGUAUUGCAUAUAUGGUUGUUGGAAGUAUUUGCAUAUUACUCGGUUUCACAUUCCUAUUGAUACACUUCAAAUUCGGCAAAUCGUAA